GACAUGACCCCUUCCCUACUGCCGGGCUGACAAGGCUGUUGAGCGAGCCCUGAGCAGCCUGUGCACCGGGCCGCCUCCACCAUGAAGAUCACAGGGGGCAUCCUUCUGCUCUGCACCAUGGCCUGCUUCUGCAGCAGCUCAGAAGCUGCUAGUCUGUCUUUAACAACCGUGGACUGCAGCAUUUACCAGAAGUACCCAGUGGUGGCCAUCCCUUGCCCCAUCACAUAUAUGCCUGUCUGUGGUUCUGACUACAUCACCUACGGGAACGAAUGCCACUUGUGCAUUGAGAUAUUGAAAAGUAAUGGAAAUGUUCAGUUUCUUCAUGAAGGAAGAUGUUAACUCCUCCAGAGAGUGGAUACGGAGUGAUGAUAUCCUCAGUGUCAUCUUCAUUGUCCCCGGGCUCUGACGACCUUCUCCCUCCUCAGAGCAGAAGUUGGGGACGGGGGUGGUGGGGACUAAUGUGGAGUCCUCUGUGGAGAAAGUUGUAGUGUCCUUCAGACCCAUGCCUAACUAACCUACUGGCUUCGUUUGCACCUCAUUAAAAGAAUCU